GUAUAUGACUGGUGAUUAUAUUAUAAAGUAUCAUAAUAAGGUAUACCAGUCAGAAGCAGGUAAUUCCUUUACUUCGCUUCCCAAUAACUCUCAUACAAAAGAGACCGUUCCAUUGGAUAUUAUUACAAAUGAACUAGUAUGUCCAAUUACUAAUGAUUAUAGCGAAGUCUUUAAAAAAUUGCCAUGUAGACACUACCUUAGUGAAGUUGGAAUCAAAGGAUGGGCCGAAGAGUGUAAAAGCAAGAAUAAGCUUUUUUCCUGCUGUAUUUGUCGUGCUGAGUUCCAAGAUAAAGAUGUUGAAGAUGCGCCAUUAUCUCCCUUACACCGUGACAUGUAUAAUCAAUUAGUUUCUAUAGGUUAUUUGUCCAGACAAGAAACGAUAACUGCAUUUCUUCCACCUGAAGUCAUCAUUGGUGUCCAACAAAAUUCCAGAAUUAAGAUAAAAGUUUUUGGAUUAAUCAAGAAGCGUAGUUUAGCAUAUAAACAAGCAGAAGCUUCUUUAAAAAACGAAGAUUAUGUGUUGGCCAUUUAUUGGCUAAACUAUAUUCUUGAAACCUGGCCGGAUAGUUAUAGCAUACGCUGCAAACGAGCAUGGGCAUUACAACAAGUCGGGGAUCUUUAUCAAGCAAUCUCAGAUUUGAAUAUUGCUGCUUAUUUAAAACCUUCAAAAACAGAUGCUUGGAAUCUUCUUGCUAGUGUAUAUAUUCGAAUGGGUGUUCCUAAAUUGGCACUCCAUCAUAUAUCUCAGGCCCUUAAACUUGAUCAAGGGAAUCCUCAAUUUUUAUUAAUGCGUAGUACAAUAUAUAAAAAAUUAUGUCAACAUGAGAAUGCAUUACGUGAUUUAGAUCUGAUUUUGUCUUCUCAAUCAUUGAGCUCAUCUCGGUUAAAGCCAUUGAUCGCAAUGUUUAAAUUUAAAAAUUCAAGAUACAUUCAACCAGAAAAUAAGACUAUCAUAAUUGAUACUUUGAUGAAACGCAGCCAAUUAUAUUAUGAUCAAAAUAAUUAUACUUUGGCUAAAAAUGACUUGGAAAAGCUUUUAAAUUGGGAAAAUAACCAUUUUGAAGGGCUUAAAUUACGUGGAAGGAUUCAUGCGAUUACAUAUCAAUACUUCUCGGCUAUAUCGGAUUUUGACCAUUUACUGGAGCUUAAUCACAAGGAUGCAGCCUUAUUACGUUUGAGAGCAAGUUCAUAUUCAUUAAUAGGCAAAUUCGAACAAGCGUUAAAGGAUUCAAAUCUCGAUUUAGAACUUUAUCCAACAGAUGGGUACUCGUAUUACUGGCGGGGCACGAUCCUUUAUAAAAUGGGCAAGUACGAAAGUGCGUUAGAUUAUAUGUAUGCCGCAUAUAUUGUUGAAGGCCCAAAUGCAGAUUUUUAUGAACUUCAAUGUUUUUGGAUUUAUUUUCGUUUAUUUCGUUACAAGGAUGCACUUUCUUAUGUUAAUGGAAUUAUUGAAUAUUACUAUAAAGAAAUUACUGAUGGAAACAGAUACUAUAUUAGAUUUAUUUCAUUAAGGGGAUUUCUUUAUAGCAUUUUGGAAGAUAAAGAAGAAAAUGCUUUAAAUGACUUUCGGAUAAUAUUAGAAGUUGAUUCAGAAUAUUUAGAUGCAUUAACUAACCGUGGUAAUCUGUACACUAGACUUCAGAACUUUGAAAAGGCGAGGAAAGAUCUUAAUACCGCAAUAGAGAUUUACCUAAAAUAUGGUGGUACAAAUUACGCAGUAUUCCAAAAUCGUGCAUAUUUGUAUUAUAAGAUGAGAGAUUAUGAAAAUGCUUUAAAAGAUUUGGAUGCAUCAGAUAAUUUGUGUUCUGAAAUGAGUAGUAUGGCAUCGUCGAAAAAAGAAUUUAGCAGAAUAUCUCACCUUUAUCGGGGAAUCAUUUACCAUAAACUUGGGAAAUAUGAAAAUGCAUUAGAAAAUUUGGACAAGUCAAUAGAAAUUUUGCAGGACAAAAUGACUAUGAUUCCACUUUUCGAACGUGCGUUUGUAUAUUGUUCAAUCAGCCGUUUUGAAGACGCAUUAAUGGAUUUAAAAAAAGCAUUAAUAGUUGAACCAAAAAAUGUUUACAUGUCAAAAGCCAUGACCAAAGGAAUUAGCCUUUAUGGAACUAUGUAUCGUUUUGAUCCUUGCAUGGAAACAAAGCUUAAUUGGUUAGAUCUCCGAAACCCAAAUCCACAAAUGCCACUUUCAACCUUGAAAC